AUGUCUUCCUGGAAUCGUCUUAUUCGAUUCGUCAAAGACAACGGCGCGGAAAGCUUUGGCGAACCGUGUAUUGAGACUGACCAGCAACUCACGGAUCAGUUGGCAAAAAAUGAGCUUUGGGCGAUUGCGCUGAAUGGGCCUAGUGCCGUUGGUCCUCUGGUGCGCGGUGACAAGGUCCAUGUCCACGCUCUACGGGACAUUCUAAAGCCAAACGAUGUCCCUAUUGUGCGUUGCAUUGGCCUCAACUACAUGAAACACAUCCAAGAAGGCGGCCGAAAACCUCCUCCCUACCCAUCAGUGUUCCUGAAGCCGUCCACCACGAUUGCAGGUUUCGAUGAAGACAUACCCAUUCCCACAAUAGCCCAGGACGGGACAGUAGACUACGAAGGAGAGCUUGCAGUCGUCAUUGGAAAAACAGGCAAAGACAUCCCCAAGAGCUCUGCGCUAGAUUUCGUGGCUGGAUAUUGCGUUGCGAAUGACGUUUCUGCCCGCGGAUGGCAGAGGGAUCCUUCAAAAGCCGGCGUUGUCCCUCAAUGGUGCUUCAGUAAAGGCUUUGAUAAGUUUGCGCCCUUGGGUCCGAUGCUAGUUGCGCCGAGCUUGGUUGGUAAUGCAUCGGAUCUUCAUUUGCGAACUCUCGUUAAUGGUGAGGAGAGACAAAACACGAGUACUGGCGACUUGCUGUUUGGCGUAGAGGAGAUUGUGAGUUUCUGUAGCCAGGGGACAACUCUUGAAGCUGGGACUGUUAUUCUGACGGGGACGCCAUCUGGGGUGGCUAUGGGUAUGAAGGAGCCGAAAUAUUUGAAUGAUGGGGAUGUUGUUGAGUAG